UCACAACUGCAAGAAUCUCUGAUUAUACAAACUAAAGCUAAGAAGUGGCUUUAGCUCCAAACUGAGAAAAAGUUAACAAUAACUUUCAGCUGGUGUAUCUGAAUAACAAUGACAGACCAGGUUUACCUGGCUGUCGGUACUGGCGUGGGUCUCCUCCUGCUGCUGCUGCUGAUUCUGGUGGUUUUCUGUCUGUGGAGGAGGAAGAAGAGUCAGAGUCAGUAUGAAGAGCUGCUCUCAUCAGUUCCUGCAGUACCAGCGUGCUCUCCUCCCGUGAUCCUGGUCUCUCAGGGCUUCUGGACUACGCCCAGUGAGAUCCCUUUCACUUUACCUCCUCGCUUUACAACACAAGACCAAGCUGAUGAGAAAAAUGAGGAGGAGAAAGAAGUGGAGGAGCUGAAGAUGGAGACCCGGAGGAGCAUCUUAGACCAUCGAGGAUCUCUGUCAGUAAGCAGAUGGUACCCGGUGGGAUCAGUGCUGGCUGGUCUCUACUCUGUCCCUCCCCUGAAUGAGGUGGUGGCCCCUCCACCAGGCAUGGCCACCCGUCUCUGCUUCUCUGUUGAGUACCGACACGGCAGCGAGCAGCUCAUGGUCUCUUUGCUCCGCCUGGGAAACCUCCCUCCACGCUUCCAUGGAAAUGUAACACUGGUGGAACUCCGGCUCCUCCCAGAUGAUCGAAGGCCCCGACAGGCGAAGUCUCGAGGCACGGGGCCUGACCCGGAGUUCAACGACUGCUUUGUUUUCCAGGUGUCCGGAGUGUGUGUCCCUCAGGGAACUCUGAGUUUGUGCGUGCUGAGUGUGGAGCAGGACGGCAAACGGCAUGCAGUAGGCCGGGUGCUGUUUCCUCUGGAGGGGGAGCUUGGUCAGGCUGGCAGGGUGCUGUGGAGGGACCUGGAGACAGAGGAUGACAUUCAGUGUUCAGAGCUGGGUGAUGUGCAGAUUUCUCUCAGCUACAGUCCAGCUCUGCAGCGCCUCUCUGUGGUCGUCCUGAGGGCCCGAGGGCUACAGCUGCUCACAGAUGCAGGUGUUUGUGUCCAGGUGAGCUUACAGAUUCACACUCAGGUGGUGAAGAUAAAACGCAGCUGUGUGGUUAAAGGUGUGAACCCCAGCUUCAACCACAGGAUGACCUUUAAACUCCGCUCACAGCACCUGGAUGAGGCCUGUCUCAGGUUUGAGCUGCAGGAGCCUAACGAUGUCCGCUCAGAGCCUCCGGUUCUUCUGGGCGUGCUGGUGUUGGGCCCCUUCAUGUAUGCCAGGGGCCAGCAGCUGCAGCACUGGAUGGACAUGGUGAACUCUCCACAGGAGACCAUCAAGCUGUGGCACGGACUGGGCAGAGCCUCUUAA